UGGCAAAGUAGGUCAUAGAACUUAGGGCUUGUAUGCGCGAUGGCCGAGAAUCGCUACAUGCCCGUGCGCUCCCCGGAGCGGGCAUCGGCCUCCGAUCGGUGCAGCGUGUUUGAGGAGCUGCCACAAUUGUCGAUCGUCUCGGUGUGCCGCCAGAGCAGCGGGGAGCUGCGAUACACGAUCGAAUUGGUUUACAAACAGUUCAAAUGGACUGUGUACAAAAAAGCCACACAGGCGCUAUUGCUCCACGCCGCCGUGAAAACGAGAGCGUUUCUGGAGGAUCUGAAGGAAAAGCAUGAGAAAAUCAUCGAAUGGAUACAAAAGCUACAAUCGUCUUGGGACGCUCAAGCUCACGAGGAUUACGAGCAACACGAUGCAACAAUCACUCGCGCGCAUUCGAUGCCACGAGACGUUCCUUCUGCAGCAGCACUUCCCGUCAUUCGUCCAACGCUGGGAAGACUGCCGAGCAUAGCAGACAAUUCCAUUUCAGAGAUGCAAACAUACCUCGAUCAUUUUGUCAAGAAUCUCGAGCUGCUCAACAGUGAAGCGGUUUGCAAAUUUUUCGGGGUCUCAGCUCUUUCGUUUGCACCAGAAUACGGCUCUAAGCUGAAGGAGGGAUAUGUCAGGGUAUGCCAUCUGGACGACAAGGAACAGGGAUGCUUUUCUUCAUGUUUCAAUUGUUGUGGAGAAAGGUGGAUGAAGGUUUGGGCAGUAUUAAAGCCUGGUUUCCUCGCUUUUCUUGCUCAUCCUUUCGAUCCAAAACCUUUGGACAUCAUUGUCUUUGAUGUUCUCUCAAACAACACGGAAGGUCAGAUAUCCCUUGCUAAGCCAGAGAGGAGUCGUCUACAAUCUGGAUUUGCCGUAACUUGCGGCAAUAGAAGUGUUCGCGUGAGAACCAAAGGUGCGCGAGGGGCGGCUGAAUGGAUAGCUGCUAUAAACGAUGCCGGGCUAAGACCACCUGAAGGAUGGUGCCAUCCUCAUCGCUUUGGCUCUUUUGCUCCUCCAAGGGGACUUACUAGCGAUGGUAGUAAGGCGCAAUAUUUCAUAGAUGGAAAGUCGGCAUUUGAUGCUAUUGCAUCAACGAUUUCAUCCGCGAAGUCAGAGAUUUUUAUAGCUGAUUGGUGGUUCUGUCCUGAGCUUUAUCUCAGACGUCCGUUUACUCUUCACGAGUCUUCUCGGUUGGAUUCUUUGCUUGGUGCGAAGGCAAGAGAAGGAGUACAGAUUUAUGUUCUUCUGUACAAGGAAGUUGCCUUGGCUUUGAAAAUCAACAGCCUGUACACGAAAAGAAAGCUACUUGGAAUACACGAAAACAUUAAAGUUUUAAGAUAUCCCGAUCACUUCUCUUCUGGUGUUUAUUUGUGGUCGCACCACGAAAAAAUUGUGAUUGUCGAUCAAAGAAUAUGUUUUUUAGGAGGUUUGGACCUCUGUUUUGGACGGUAUGAUGACCCUCACCAUCUUUUGAGGGAUGAUCAAGCUGUUAUCUGGCCCGGGAAGGACUACUACAAUCCCAGGGAAUCAGAGCCAAACUCCUGGGAAGAUGCAACAAAGGACGAGAUUAACAGGCAAAAAACACCUCGUAUGCCUUGGCAUGAUAUUCAGUGUGCAAUAUGGGGUCCAGCUUGUCGGGAUGUCGCAAGGCAUUUUGUCCAGCGUUGGAAUUAUGCAAAGAGAAACAAGGCACCCAAUGAACAAGCCAUACCUCUACUGCUGCCGCAUCAUCAUAUGGUUAUUCCUCAUUACCUUACUGGUAAGGAGGCAGAAGAGGCUCUCAUGGAAGCGCAGGAAGAGCUUAGAAAAGCGUCCUUGAAACCAAGGUCAUCUACCGAUGAUAUACCAACGCUUCUACCCGCCGUAGAAGCACCGGAUCAGACUGAGGAGCUGAAAGACCUCCUGGCGGACAACAGCAAACAUUCGAAGUUACUGGCAAGAUUCAGCAAGUUUAACAGUAGCAACAGCAGCGUUGAUCUACCAUUGCUCAACUUUGUAGCCAGUGACGGUCCAGACGGUGUGAAGUGGUAUGAUGCGAAUGGUAGUGCAGAAGAUUGGUGGGAGAAAGAUAAUCCUUCGCCUCAAGAGGAUGUGAAGGAAGUCGGUUCUCGAGUUAAAUGCAACUGUCAGGUGGUUCGAAGUGUUGGACAGUGGUCUGCCGGAACAAGCCAGGUGGAAGAGCGGAGCAUAGAAGCUGCAUAUUGCUCGUUGAUUGACAAAGCCGAGCACUUCAUCUAUAUCGAGAACCAGUUCUUUAUCUCUGGACUGGAUGGCGAUUCCGUGAUUCAAAAUCGUGUUUUGGAAUCACUUUAUACAAGGAUACUACGUGCGUACAAAGAAAAACAGUGUUUCAGGGUGAUUAUACUGUUGCCACUGCUUCCUGGUUUUCAGGGUGGUGUCGAUGAUACAGGAGCAGCAUCCGUUAGAGCCAUCAUUCAUUGGCAAUAUAGAACCAUAUGCCGUGGAAAUUCGUCGUUGUUGAAGCGUCUAAGAGACACUAUGGGGGACGCAGUGGGAGAUUUUGUUAGUUUUUACGGCCUGAGACAACACGGCAAGCUGAAAGAAAACGGGCCACUUGUAACUAAUCAGAUAUAUGUACAUAGUAAAAUUUUGAUAGUAGACGAUAGGGUGACGCUUAUAGGCUCAGCAAAUAUCAACGAUAGGAGUUUACUUGGGUCGAGAGAUUCAGAAAUCGCGGUCGUGAUCGAAGACAAAGAAUAUGUCACGUCCUUAAUGAACAACACUGCUUACAAAGCCGGAAGGUUCGCUCACGGACUGAGAAGAUCACUCUGGGUCGAGCAUCUCGGUUUCCAAGCGUCCGAAGCAGACGUGAUCAAAGAUCCUAUUUGUGAGACCACUUACAAGGACGUUUGGACGUCAAGAGCAGAGCUCAACACAGGAUUGUAUGACACCAUUUUUGGAUGCAUCCCGAACGAUUCCAUACACACAAGGACUCAACUGCGGCAGAUAAUCUCGUCGCGAAAAGAGAAAGAAAAGAAUGGCCACCAUGUAAGUAUCGACUUGGGCGUGGCCGACGAUAGCUCUCACGCCGGAGGAGAAGCUCCAUUUUUUAGUAGUAAUGCGACCAUGGUUGAGGGGAUUCGAGGACAUCUCGUCUGUUUCCCAUUGAAUUUUAUGUGCGAUGAGGAUUUGCGACCAGUUUUCAAUGAGAGUGAGUACUACGCCUCUCCACAAGUCUACCAUUAGAACAAAACAAAAGAAAAAUCGCUCACCAUGUACAAAGGGCCACCCUCGCAAAUAAAUAAAACUAUGAAAAGCUCUGAAA